ACUCUUUCUUCGCGCGCGAGAUACUCCGGUCGUAAUAGAGAGCUGCGCUGCAUAAGUUCUGUGUUUUUCUCUCAACCAAGACUGCGAGCCGAUUUAGCUCUGCUCCAGUCACGAUGGCCAGGAUAUCAGCUACCAGGGCACUGUUGCUCGUCGUCGCUUUGGUGAUCGGCUGUGUCAGCGGUCAAGGCAGCGGUAACAGCCAGUCGCAGCAGAAGAAGGACGAGGAAUUCAAGUGCCCCGAGGGCCAAGGCAACGGCAACUUUGCCGAUCCCGCGACCUGCCGUAGAUUCUAUCAGUGCGUCGACGGCUAUCCCUAUCUCAACAGGUGUCCGUCGGGACUGCACUUCGAUGACAUCAGCAAGUUCUGCACGUUCAAGAACGAGGCGCGAUGCGGUCCGAUUGCCGUGACACCGGCACCGAUCACCGAAGCGCCUACCGAUCUCGCGGAAAGAUGCGACACCGCCAAGUGCCAACUGCCCUACUGCUUCUGCUCGAGAGACGGAACCAUCAUUCCUGGCGGUCUUAAACCGUCCGAUACGCCGCAAAUGAUCCUGCUGACGUUCGACGGAGCCGUGAACCACAACAACUUCGACCACUACCAGAAGAUCUUCAACUCCGACCGAGUCAACCCCAACAACUGUCCGCUCAAGGGAACCUUCUUCAUCUCCCACGAGUACUGCAACUACAACAUGGUCCAGAGCCUCGCUCACGACGGCCACGAAAUCGCCACCGAGACUAUCUCACUCCAAAAGGGUCUCGAGGACAAGAAGUACGACGAGUGGGUGAGCGAGAUGAUCGGCAUGCGGGAGAUCCUGAAGCACUUCAGUAACAUAUCCAGCAGCGACGUGGUCGGCAUGAGAGCGCCAUACCUGAAACCAGGUCGCAAUACUCAGUACAAGGUCAUGGAGGACUUUGGCUACAUAUACGACAGCAGCAUCGGCGUCUCGCCCGGCAAGACUCCCAUCUGGCCUUACACGCUCGACUACAAAAUACCCCACGAGUGCAAAGCCGGCACUUGCCCCACUAAAUCCUUCCCAGGUGUCUGGGAAAUUCCCCUGAACGCUCACUACGUCGAGAGCUACGAAGGUGGACACUGUCCCUACCUGGACCAGUGCGUGCUGCACAGUCACGAUGCGCAGGAGGUCUUCGAGUGGCUGCAGGAGGACUUCAGCAGGUCGUACGAUCAGAACAGGGCUCCCUACAUGAUGCCCUUCCACACCAACUGGUUCCAGAUCAAGGAACUCGAGAAGGGUCUUCACAAAUUUUUGGACUGGGCUACUACGCUGCCCGAUGUCUACUUUGUCACCGCGACCCAAGCUCUCACAUGGAUCACUGACCCCAAGCCCAUUCAAAGCUUGACCAACUACGAAGGCUGGGAGUGCAAGAAGAAGAACGAAAACGACCCUGGCCCACCGUGCAACAACGCCAACAAGUGCCCCCUUGACUUCAAGCCAGCCGAUGCGAACUUUACAGCUACGAGGUAUAUGGAGACGUGCACCGAGUGUCCCAACAAAUACCCCUGGUUAGGAGAUGCCAAAGGCACCGGUCACCCAAGCGACAACUACAGUGUCGACAGAGAGUAAUCAAUUCCUCGUCAGUAAUACAAGAAAUGACUCUUCCGAUUCCGAGAAUCGAAUGGAAUACUCAUUUUCCUAAUUAAUGGUUGCUGCAAGUCUCUCCGGGACUGAGCAAGACAAGAAGCAAAGACUUGUGAAAUCGCGUUAUGAAUGUUUACAUUAAAAUAGACUUUCACGCUGUUUUUUUUUAGCUGCGAGUUUUAUGAAGAAUGACUUUUCAUCAUAAGGUUCUACAUUAUUAAUAUUAUUAUUAUAUAUUAUUAUUAAAAUCAAAUGAUUAUUUUGUUACGAAUAUGAUGCGUGAAUCAAACUUAUACAUUGUAUAUUGUAUGCGUGAGGAUUUCAAAUGUUGUUGAAGUUGUACUGCUUAUAAAUACAAAAAACAUGGAAAAACAAGUGCGAAAGUGUGUACUUGGAAAGCUACGGAUAAAAAUAGAAAAAACUUCAAA